GUAACAACAUAGCGGAAAACUAAGUGCCGGAGAAUACUGAAACCCAUAACAAUGACUCUUAUAAUAUUAAUUAUAACAUUUGUUAUUUGUCUUGGUUAUAGUUUAUACCAACACUUUACCAAGUUCAAUAAUUAUUGGGAGAUCAGAAAUGUGCGGGGACCGAAACCUACUUUUUUCUUCGGGAAUAUCAUAGAUUCCUGUUUGCGAAAAAAACCAGUUGGAGUUGUGUUCAAGGAAAUAUACGAUGCUUAUCCAGAAGAGAAAGUUGUCGGGUUUUUCAGGAUGCGUUCUCCGGAUCUGCUUUUAAGAGAUUUAGAUGUCGUAAAAUAUGUUUUGAUAAAAGAUUUCGAUAUAUUUACUGAUCGUGGAAAGGAAUACAGUAAGUCAGGGCUCGGAGCGAACUUAUUCCACGCAGACAGCGCCACCUGGCGGGUGCUGCGGAAGCGAUUUUCACCAAUGUUUACGUCUGGGAAAUUGAGGAAUAUGAUGUACUUGUUGACGGAACGUGGAGACAGGUUCGUUGAGUAUAUUGACAGGAUAACAAAGAAGGGUGCAGAGCAGGAGAUCCAUGGACUUACGCAAAAGUUCACCCAAUCUGCCAUAAUUGCUUGUGUCUUUGGAUUAGACCUUGACACCUUUGACCAGCAACAUGAAACCCUUCAAAGGAUUGACAAGAAGAUCUUCAGCGUGAAAUACGGCUCGGAGCUGGAAAGCAUGUAUCCAGGUAUUUUAAAGAAGAUUGGAGGCUGGUUGUUUCCUGAAGAAGUAAAGACAUUCUUUUCCAAAUUAAUCAAAGUGAUUGCUAUGAGAAAUGGGCAGCCCUCAAACCGACAUGACUUUAUGGAUCUGCUUUUAGAGCUGAAAAAAGAAAAUACCUUAGAUAUGACUGAUGAAGACAUAGCGGCACAGGCAUACAUCUUCUACGCAGCAGGAUAUGAAUCCAGUGCUUCCACCAUGGGUUUCUUAUUAUACCAGUUAGCUUUAAACCAGGACAUACAAGAGAAACUAUAUGCAGAAAUAAAAGAAGCCUUAGAAAACAACAAUGGAGAGAUGACAUAUGAUGCUAUCAUGAAUCUGGAAUACAUGGAAAAAGUCUUCAAUGAAACGUUGAGGAUGUAUCCGAUCAUCACCAAACUGAAGCGAAGAUCUAAAGCUCCUUAUAAGAUUCCAGAAACUAAUAUAAUUAUUGAUAAAGGCCAAUUGAUUAAAAUUUCAGUCCUUGGCAUACAUCAUGAUGAGAAAUACUACCCGAACCCUGAAGUCUUCGACCCGCAGAGGUUUUCUCCGGAGAAUGUGCAAGCGAGACACAAAUGUGCUUUCCUGCCUUUUGGAGAAGGACCAAAGCAAUGUAUUGGUAUCCGCUUCGCACAAAUGCAGUCCUGGGUGGGCCUGGCCAAGCUGCUCCUCCGCUACAGAGUGGAGCCUUCAGAGAACACUCCGCUCCGCUUCGCAUAUGAGCCGCGGAGGGUCAUGCUGUAUCCGAAGGGAGGCUUCCCAAUUAAUAUUGUUAGAAGACAUUAAUUUCAAAUAUUUACGUGUACAGUACGUCAAGUGCAGAAAUAUGGGUAAUAAAAAAAUAAUAAUAAUAAUAAUAAAAAAAAGACUUAAGAGCUAUGGCACAUAUUUUUGAGCAACUUGUGUGCACCCAUAUUUUUACACUUGACUGUUUCUAGUUUGUGAUUGAUACAUGGUUUUUAUUCCUGCUUAUGUAUACUCGCCAUCAGAAAUAUCAGAGCGGCCAAGUUGCUCUUAAAUAUCUGAACACACCUCAAUUGUCAAGGCGUUAGAGUGCGUGUUCUGAUAUUUUUGAGCACCUCGGCCGCUCCGAUAUAUCUGAUAGAGACUGUACCAAUUUUGUACUAAAAUGACACAAGAUGGGGCAAUCAAACUGUCAUUUUAAAAUAAGUAUAUGAGAUAAGAACAAAGCUUCGGUGGUGUCUUUAAAUAUCGACUUAAUAUUCUGAUAUGUGUUAAAAUUGGAAAUCAACUGUACCCUUAAAAACCAUAUGUCAAUCAGAAACUAGACUUAAUUAUUUACGCGGUUGCUAUACUAAGUGCCACUUGCACCAUCUCACUAACCCGUGGUUAACCGGUUAAACCUGGAGUUAACAUGGUUACCAGUAAAUUUGACACUGGGUUAACGGUUUAACCGGUUAAUCUCGGGUUACUAGGUCGGUGCAAGUGGCGCUAAAGGUGACGUUUGGAUACCAACUGCAGCUGCAUACUGUUGCGACUUUACUGCAGCGCAGCGGACUCAGCGUCGCCGCCGCAUUAUUGCCGCGAGUAUGACGUUCGCUCCGUCACUUAUUUUGUCAAAUAAGUGACAGAUACAGCUGCAGCAGUAAUAUCGCAAUAGUUAACAGCUGGAGUCGCCACAGUUACCAUCUGAAUGUCACCUUAAUACGGAUCCGCAUGCCGCUCCCGGUGUGUGUGAGAGACCGCUAUGCACGUAUAUAUCAGUGUCCCGUGUGACCGUCUUUCCUAUGCCUACCCUACCGAAUUUAUAAGACUUGAUUAUUUUCCACUAUUAAUAUAGAUUAGAUUCGUUCUAAUAAUUAUUGCACAAAUAAGGUUAUGCUUUAAGAUGAUAGUGGACGCCCGCUUCUCCAUACAAACGUAAUCCCCAUUUUCCUUCCUGAAUAUUGACAUUAUGGAAAAAAAGUAGAUUAACCAUUCAAACCGACCCCAAGAUGCCAACAAGAACCAAAGGUAAGGUUUAUAAAACCGCUGUAAGACCAAUUUUACUGUACGGUGGUGAAUCCUGGGCUAUGAAGAAAAAAAAGAACAAAAACUUCAUACCACGGAAAUGCGUAUGCUACGCUAGGCAGGUGGAGUUACACUUAAGGAUAAAGUGCGCAAUGAACACAUGAGGGGGAGUUUCCAAGUUGCACCUAUUACAGAGAAAAUAACUGAGACCAGACUGAGAUGGUUUGGGCAUAUAGUUAAAAAGUGUGUUCAUGACUACACAAAAGAGAGGGAAGGGCAGGCCGCGGACUACGCGGAUGAUCAACGUCCAGAAGGACAUGAAUGAAAUGUGGCCUGUCUGUGACGAUGCAAAACAGCGGAAUAUAGAUGACGCCUUAAAAUCAAGAAAGCCGACCUCGCGUAACGGGGUAAGGCGAGGACCAAGAAGAAGAAGAACCAUACCACAGCUGUGUCCCUGCGUUUGACUUUCUUCAAUUUUUUUAUUAACGAGUUAGGAGAUAAACGUAAUUCAGUUAAUAUAAUGUGAUAAUCCAAAUCAAAAGGGACCUUAUGGCGGUCGGUGCUUACGCCAUUAUACAUACAUUUUGCUUUGACAGAUUGAAAACAAAAGUGAAAUAAGCUCAAUUUCAAUUUAGUACCAAAUUCGACUUUUUUUUUAAAUAGAAACUUUUUCCUUGUAGAACAUUGAAGGUUCAAUUCAAUUCGUUAUUAAAUUCUCCAUAAUACAGUUAGUUUCCUUUCUUGCACAUAACGCUGUUAAUUUGCAAAAUAUAAGGGUUUUGUCACUGACCCGUAUUAUUUGCCCGCGAGUGUACAUCUAUAUAUUAAUACUGCUUAAAUAAUUAUUCUAUAAUGUUAUCCAGAGAGGAAAAUGAGGACUAUGUUUGUAUGGAGAAGCGGUCACGUGAAAUUAGUUAUAUAGAACUAAAUUUAAGAAUAUUGAAUAUUGUUGUGAUCAGGUGUUUAAGAUUAAUUCAGUACCCAAUGGAAAAUACAUGAAUAGACAAAGGAAAUUUUGAGACAAAUAACUGCAAAUUCUAACUUAGACAGCUUUAAUAGAUGGCGCUGCCACGGUGCUACAAAUGUUUUAGGAGUAACUAUAUUGUCAUUGUAUGAGGCCAUACAUAUCCAUCUACUUGAGCUGUCAAGACUGGCUACAAUAUUAUGCAUUACUUAGCUGUCAAGUAUUUUUCCUAUGCCACGCUGACAGCUGAUGCUGAUGCGCGGUGACAACUUCAUCUCAAUACAAUUUUGCGUUUUAAGGUUACGAAUUACGAAUUGUAUGGAGAUGACAUCUAUCACCAUACCCAAGCUAUGUGAAAAAUAUUUUAGACUUUCUGUAUCUGAUUAUUUAGAGUUUAAAAACCAAGAGUUUGUACUACUUUCUUGGUUGUCAAUAAGGGUGAAUUUAGGGUGUUUUCUCUUUGUAUCUAAAUACCAUUAGCAGCCAUUUAAAAUACAGUUGAAAUUCAUUUGUUCAUAUCCGUCACUUCAUUGACGUUAUUGGGUUCAGGGCCACUUGCACCACUCCUGGGUUAGCCACUACUACUAAUUGUACUAGUAUAGUAUGAUUUUUCUCAAAUUAUUUAUACACAUAAGAUCCAAUGUAUUAAACAAAAGCCAUUGUUUCUUUUGUGCGAUCGGUCAGCUCCCGUAUUAGCCACGUGGCAAAGCAACAAUGUUCUUUAAAAAGCAACGGUAUCGGGAUAGUGUUAAGGUUCAAAUCUAUACAAUAUGAGCGGUCGCCUACAUUGAGGUGGUCGAUCGUCCUACAUUACCAAAACAUGUUACAUGUACAUAGAUUUGAACCUUAAAACCACUAAGAUACAGCCGCUUUUUAAACGACACGCGACAUUGUUGCUUUGCCACACGCCCAACACCGGGGCCGACCGAUCGUGCAAAACCACGGCUUUUGUUCAACAGAUUAGUGUCUGAGUCGUAAAAAUCAUUUGAGACAAUUCAUACUAUAACUCCGGGUUUAACCGGUUAACCACGAGUUAGUGGUUAAACCUGGAUAGCGCAAGUGGCCCUUAGAAAUUUUAAAAAGAGAAGAAAUUUAACAGGUUAUUUGAUUCUGGUUAGACAGACAAAGAUUUAUGAACAAUGAGACUAAGAUAAGAGUAUUUAAUUGCCAACAAAGUUAAUUUUUAUUCUAUGCAUCUGACAUACCUAUUUGUCACAUGUGUAUUUGUUUUAAAAUUAAGAAUUUAUAGAGCGAGAGAAAUAUGUAUCCUUACCUACUUUCGAUUGUUGUCAAGUAUAAUUACUCAACAGCCCGAUUCAAACUUUAUUAAGAUAUGUCAAAUAUUAGGUAUAUAUCAGAUAUGUCAGUGUCAAAAGAACGUCAUUUUUGACACUAACAUAUCUUAAACUUCGAAUCGGGCCGCAAGUGACAAAGUACAUAUUAUGAUUAUGCCAAAAUUCGGAGGUCAAAGUUUGAGGAAACUUUGGGGCGUAACUAAUGUGGCAAUCGUUAAUCGUUAACGCAAAUCGAAAUCGUAAUUUUAAUCGAAAUGUAAAUUAUUUAUUAAGGCCACCCCACACUAGCGUCUCCCGAGCGUCAGCGUCUAGUCAACUCUGUGUCGUUGACGCCAUCAUGGCGCUGACUAGACACUGACUCUUCAAAGACGCUAGUGUGGGGUGGCCCUAAUAAAUAAUUUACAUUUCGAUUAAAAUUACCAUACCUAUAACUAUUCGUUCGUGGGUCUCUAUUGUUUCCCAUAAAGUUUUAAGUCAUAAUGUAUUGUUUGUCCGCAUUUUUGUUAGUCAUAAUUUGGUUUUUCUCAGAAACGCGUACCUAACGAAAAUCCUGAAAAGGUGACGGCUUCAAAAUUAUGGCUAAUGAUAAUCUGACAGUCAUUACAUUAUGACUUUCAAUAAUUAUGUCAAACAAAGGGAUCCGUUCGUUCGCAUCUGUCAGUUUGAUACAUAUUUUUUACUUUUCGAUUGACGUUAACAAUUAAUGAUUUUCACAGGCCCUAGGCAAGAUGACAAUCGUUCGCAGAUAAACGAAACGCUAUCUGUCUCUAUCCCACUAAUAUGGAAGAGUGAUAGAGGGACAAUGGCAUUUCGUUUCGUUUUCUGCAAACGAUUGUUAUUUUGGCUAGGCAUGCCCCUUUAUCUGUGAUUUUAGGUAUGUAAUUAAUCAUAGUGGAUUGUAUUUAGAGUUUUUGUUUUGAUUAAAUUACUUAAUAAAAAUGAAAAUUGAUUGAA